CAGACAUGUGUCUUAGUGGCUGAGCCCUCCUGUUCCCAUUGCUGGGGGUCAGGACGCCUCUCACUCUGGCCUGCCAUGGCCAAUGCCAGCCUGCGGCCGCUGUGCCCCCUCCUGGAGCAGAUGAGCCAGCUGGGAAGCCACAGCAACUCCAGCCUGCGCUACAUGGACCACGCCUCGGUGCUGCUGCAUGGGCUGGCGGCCCUGCUGGGACUGGCUGAGAACGGGCUCAUUGUCUUCGUGGUGGGCUGCCGCAUGCGCCAGACCGUGGUCACCACCUGGGCGCUGCACCUGGCCCUGUCCGACCUGCUGGCCUCGGCCUCGCUGCCAUUCUUCACCUACUUCCUGGCCGUGGGGCACUCGUGGGAGAUGGGCACGGCCUUUUGCAAGCUGCACUCAUCCGUGUUCUUCCUGAACAUGUUCGCCAGCGGCUUCCUGCUCAGCGCCAUCAGCCUGGACCGCUGUGUGCGCGUGGUGCGCCCGGUGUGGGCGCAGAACCACCGCUCCGUGGCCGCGGCGCGCAGGGUGUGCGCGGUGCUGUGGGCGCUGGCGCUGCUCAACACUGUGCCCUACUUCGUGUUCCGCGACACCAUCCGGCGGCGCGAUGGCCGCACCAUGUGCUACUACAACGUGCUGCUGCUGGCACCGGACGGAGACCGCGACGCCACUUGUGGUGCGCGGCAGACGGCGCUGGCGGUCAGCAAGUUCCUGCUGGCCUUCGUGCUGCCGCUGGGCUUCAUCGCUGCCAGCCACGCGGUGCUGAGCGUGCGCCUGCGCCGCCGGCCCCAGGGCGGACCCCGGCCCGGGCGCUUCGCUCGCCUGGUGGCUGCGGUGGUGGCGGCCUUCGCGCUCUGCUGGGGCCCCUACCACGCCUUCAGCCUGCUGGAGGCGCACGCGCACGCCGUGCCCGCCCUGCGGCCGCUGGCCUGGCGUGCACUGCCCUUCGUCACCAGCCUGGCCUUUGUUAACUGCGUGGUCAACCCGCUGCUCUACGUGCUCACCUGCCCCGACGUGGGCCGCAAGCUGCGCCGCUCGCUGCGCGCUGUGAUCGAGAGCGUGCUGGUGGAGGACUGCGAGACCGGUUCCCGCCGGCGCCGGCGCGGCUCCUCCUCCCCAGGAGUCACCUCGGCGUCCUCCUCAUUGUCGCUGGCUCCAGCCAGCGGCCAGACCUGCUCCCUGCUCCGCUGGUUGCGGGGCUCCCGGGGGACGGGAAGCGACAGUAUGCCCAGCUCGGCCUCCGGGUAGGGGUGGGGUAGGGCGCAGCUGCGUGGGCGCUGGC